AUGUCCGACUCUAAGGAAUUCACCCUCAAGGAGGUUAGCGAACACGCCACCAAGAAGGACCUGUACAUGGUCAUCCACGACAAGGUCUACGACUGUACUAGCUUCGUCGACGAACAUCCUGGUGGUGAGGAGGUCCUCCUCGAUGUCGCCGGCCAGGACGGCACCGAGGCUUUCGAGGAUGUCGGCCACUCUGACGAGGCCCGCGAGAUCCUCGACGGUCUGCUUGUCGGCACCGUGAAGCGCAUGCCCGGCGAUCCCGCGCCCAAGUCCCACGCUGCCCCCGCUUCCUCUGCCUCCGGCUCCUCAUCCUCCGGCGGCUUUGGCGUCGGUCUGUACGCUGUCAUCCUGAUUGGUGGUGCUAUCGCCUAUGGCGCCUACAACUACAUGCAGGCCCAGCAGUCUGCAAAUUAG